AUGGCAGGAGGAGCUGUUAUUUGUGAUCGUCGCAUUCUUGGUGUUCAGCUAGUACAGGGUCCUUCCCGAAGUCUCUGUCUCGGGGUUCUCUCUGUGCCUGCGUACAUGCUCAGUAAUCACACAACCAGUAAUAUGCGUUCACUGCUGCAAACCCAACUCCACAAGCAUCUACCCACAAACUUCACAUUCCGUACUUGCAGAGGGUGGCCGAUACUCCCUGAGCAAGAGAAAGAUGUCCCAAUUGAAGAAAUUGUCUCCAGUGACUGCUGUAUCCAUAUUGAGCGCUACUUUGGAGUUCCUAGGAUUGGAGUGAUGAACCAAAUGGGUGAGGGCCUUGGCUACACCUUGGCUGAGUAUACAAUGUCCUUAUCAAACCUUCGAGAUUUGCUCGUGUCUCGUAGAAUCAUCAGCAGAGAAGUUCCAUUCAUCUUUUUAACAUCCAACCAGUGGCCAGUGAGUAUCAUUCAGGAAAAAUCUCUGCAGGUGAUGGAUGUUCUGGUGGAUAGUUAUAUACGCCUCCAAGUCUGUCAUUCUGCCCAGGAACGUAUCCAACAGGAGAACAGCGCUGAAAAAAUGGACACAAGACGAAAAAGAAAAUUUUCGGAAAUGUCACUGAAUCAAAUGCAACCUGUUGACUGUGAAGGUGAAAGUUCUAGGGCAAAAUCACUGAAUUAUACAAAUCAAGGCAAACAAAUCCUCCUCAGCUAUGUGAGGGCCGAAUCUUCUCAGUUAGCAAGUUGUCUGAAGGCAGAGCUCCUUGCCCUCAAUGUCAGUGUAUUUUUGGAUGUGGAUGAGAUAAAGAGCGGUGUCGACUGGCAGGAUUCUCUGAAUGAAGCAGUCACAAAGUGUGAAGUUUUUAUCCCCCUUCUGACGCCACGUUAUGGUCAAACACGCUGGACUAACCGUGAAGUAAAACUUGCUGAUGUUCUGGGAAAGUUUAUUCUGCCUAUAAACCUCCAAAAUGAGUGGCCACCAAGUUGCUUGGCCAUACAACUGGCUACGACUCAAUAUAUUGAUGGUUUCAAGAUUUCUGAGGCCUGUAAGUCUCCUCAUCACUCUGUACAGAAUUUAAGUCCCAAACCCGACGGUCUUCCAGUUAAUGUAAAAUUGAUUGCUAAGGAGAUUCACAAGUGUUUGAAGUCUUUAAAUGAAAACAGACCGCAUUCUCUGGAACGGAAACCAUCUUUAUUUCGACGGACAUCGAAGAUCAACAACUGCCCGAUGAAUGCUGUUCAAUUCCAGAACUUUUAUGGAGAAGGUCCUUCCACAUAUAACCAGAAAACGCUUAUAGUUGUUAGUCUUCACCAAGAACAAUAUGCUUUUGGUUGCCAAAUAAAACAAUGGCUGCAAGAAGACGGCUUUAAUAUAUGGCUGACAACAGAACUUGACUCCAAUUGUAAUUCCCAAAUAGGAUGUCAGAAAUUCCAGGAGAAAGCUGAUGAAGCAGCAGCAAUCAUAUUUGUUCUCUCGAAAGCCUAUACAUCUAGUGGGAGAUGUCUGCAACAGUUUUUAAUAUUGCGUCUCUUUUUUUAUUCUCUUCAUUGCCUUUUCGUUCUUCUGCAUGUGUUGUUAUCACCUCUCGGUCCCUCUGCCUGCACUGUCACCUCUUGUUCUCUCGGUCUGUGCUGUCACCUUUCUUUCCUUCUUCUGGCUUCCUUCUCUCUUGCCAUGCUCUCCUCUUUCUUUCUCUGGGGCUAUACUCUUCUCUUUCCUUCUCUUUCUCUACAUGUUCUCUUUCCUUCUCACUUUUUCCUUCUCUCUCUUUCCUUCUCACUUUUUCCUUCUCUCUCUUUCCUUCUCACUUUUUCCUUCGCUCUCUUUCUUUCUCACUUUUUCCUUCUCUUUCUUUCUCUCUUUUUCCAUCUCUUUCUUUCUCUCUUUUUCCUUCUCUUUCUUUCUCUCUUUUUCCUUCUCUCGCUGUGCUCUCUCUUUCUCUCCUUCUCUUUCUCUCGCUGUGCUCUCUCUCUCUCCUUCUCUCGCUGUGCUCUCUCUCUCUCUCCUUCUCUUUCUCUCGCUGUGCUCUCUCUCUCUCUCCUUCUCUUUCUCUCGCUGUGCUCUCUCUCUCUCUCCUUCUCUUUCUCUCGCUGUGCCCUCUCUCUCUCUCCUUCUCUUUCUCGCUGUGCCUCUCUCUCUCUCCUUCUCUUUCUCUCCUUUGUGCUCUCUCUUUCUCCUCCUCUUUCUCUCGCCGUGCUCUCUCUCUCUCCUUCUCUUUCUCUCGCCGUGCUCUCUUUCUCUUUCCUUCUCUCACCACCUUCUUUUUUCUCUCGCUCUUUCUCACUCUGUGCCCUCCUCUUUUCCUCCCCACCCCAGCCCUCUUUUCUUCCACCUUCCUCAUUAUUCAUGCCCUCUCUUCCUUCCCCUGAUGUUCACCAGCCCAACUUCCAGCAGCUGUUAGUAAAAUGGGUGCGAGAAAUUCUUGAUCCAAAAACUCAGUCUUCCCAAGAUCAAAGUGAAUGCAAUGAAUUGGAAGUGAAAUGCAUUAUGCAGAAUCUUAAGCAGAAAGUGAACCUUGAGAAGUGUAUCUACAUUACAGGCACAUCUGCACCUGAUGAGGCCACAAGCAACUUGUGUAGAUCUAUUGGCAAACACCUUGCAUCUAUUGUUGGUAUACAACUUGUAACAAGUGGCUAUUAUGGAGUGGCACAAGAAAUCUGCAAAGGUUUCCUACAGAAACACAGUUCCAAUGCAAAUUCGUAUGCAUCUAUUACUCACAUACUUCCAAAAAUUGACUGUAAGAAGCCAAAGGAAAAUGGAGAAUGCUCCACUUUGGUUCCUGGACAGACUCUUUAUUUUGGCUCUGGCCGUCACCAAAGAGACAUCAUAGCUGCUCAUGCCUUUGAACGAUGUAUUCUUGUUGAGGGUGAACCGGAUAUGGCUUCCAUGACUCAGCACUUUGUGUGGAAUGACAACAUUGUGAUUCCAGUGAGUUGCUACAAGAACAAGGACAUUUUUCCUGAAAAAAUAUUUGAGCCUCCUUCUGGUGUUGAAGAAUCUGAUUGGUUGUAUGUAACCCAAGGAGAACAUGAACAAGACUCUGUCGGACUUUGCCUAUCACACAUUGUUGAGUCCUUGUUCAACUUAUCAAAGGAGUACUCAACACCACCAGUAAGAGCGUCAUUGAAUAAGUUCUUUUCCCAAACGCCUCAGUCUCUUUCUCUGAUGAGAGAGCAGGAUGACAGCCAAAUGGUCAGUUUGUCUCACCAAGAUACACUAGUCUUGUCCCCUGAUGCUUUUCUGCCCUGA